AUGAUUCCAAUUCCAAAAGAGACCAUCAUGCUCACUGCUCCCUACCUACCAGAGCGAAUGGCCCACGAGUCCAAAGCCUCCAUUCCUAAUCUCUCCCCCAAUGAAUUUAUUCCUUCAACUCUGCACAUUCCCAAUCACACCAGAACAUGCACCCCACGCUCCUCAAGACACUUUCGUAUCCCUAUCCAUCACCAUGGGGAACAUUACCUCGCCAUCUAUUCCGGCAAUCAGCCUACGUACCUAUCCACAGUAGUCAACCCAAUCACGAACAGUUCGCCUAUCCGCUCCCAUCCCCUCUUCAGUCUCAUGAUCCCAUCUGCCAUCUCUUCUCUUCCCAAUCCAGUGGGAGACUCUUACCGGGUAUAUAUAUUGACAAAAUACGAGGCUCACUCGCCAACCCUCUCGAACUCGAAUUCCUCAAGCAUCCAUGCAUUGCAUUCAGGCUCCAGCAUACCAGGUAGCAAGUACGGUACGGAAUCGACUACCAGUAGCAAUGUUCGGGUACAGUACCGCCAACCCGGUCCCCCUCCUACUAACCAAAAACCAACACUUUGCUCCUAUUUCAUUCCAACGCUGCAAGGCAUUCCAUCCAGUCAGCCCUCCCCCACCCCGCAACACAAGCUUCUUUCCCAAUCUAUUUCCCAACUGCAGAAACCAGCCCACAGAAGCAUACGCAGAGUCAUGUAUUCACGAAUCACGUGCACCGUCAACGGCACUCACCCAUGGACUUCUGGCUCUCAACCUGCACCCCCAUCACUGAUUCCGAGAAUAUCCCACACGCGAGACGCCAGAGAAGGAAUGCCGAACGCCGACCGACUUUUGAAUACCCAAUAUGGCCGACCGGCGAAGACUCGCUCAUGUCUCCCUAUCUCAUCUACAGUGUGGUACCUAGUAUGA